AUGAAUUUUGAUUAAAUUAAUUCUGAGCCAGAUGAACCUAAUGUAGAUACUAUAUAAAAUAAAGAAAAAUCUAAAUAAAGCCCUAAAGAGCUGAUGACAAAAAGAAAUAAAAGAAAUGCAUUGUCGGAUUAUAACAAAUUAUAAUAAUUUAAUGAGCAAUUGAUACUUGAGAGAUAAAUAUAAAAUAGAGGUUCCAUGUUAUCUUUCUUUAUAAAAAAUAUUUAUAUGAAGAGAUUUUUAAAUAGAUUAUUACAAAGAAAGAAAAUCAAACAAUAAUACCAACAAGAAAUUUUUAAUUUUAUUGAUGAUAAAUCUGCUUAAUACACUCCUAUUUCAAAUAGGAUUCAACAGUUUCCCUCAUUGCUAAAUCUAGACUUUUUUUAAAAUGUAACAAAUUUGAUGGAGAAAAAGGUGUAUUUUGUCAUAAAAUAAUAUAUAAGCAUGAUUCCUAUUAUAUAAACAGAAAAUUAUGCUAAAAUAACUUUUGAUGUCAUAGGCACGACUGCAAGAUUAUAUUUUUUGUAUUUGAUUCCAGUUGAUUUAGCUUGGGCAGAAUGCGCAUUUCUUUUUUAAUCAUUAUCUGUAAUAACCAUUUUUAUGAUUUCUAUUUUAAUAGCUGAAUUCUUAUUUAAUUUAAAUGUUGCAUAUUAUUAAGAAGGUAAUAUGGUUACUGAUAGAAAAUAAAUCGCUAAGAAUCUUAUUUGCAAAUCAUAUGGACUAGAAAUUUUUUCAACAAUUAUCCUUAUUUUAGCUCUUAUCUUUCCAGAUAUUUAAACUUAAAAGUAGGAUAGCACUCCCUAAAAUUUAAUCUUUCUAAUAUUUCUUGUGCAUAAGGUUAAUAUUGAUAGAAUAGUAACUGUUUAUGAAACUGCAAUAAAUUUGAGUAAGAAAUUUUCUUCAUAUUUAACAUUGGUAAAAUUAUUGAUGUUCUUCUUCUAUGUCGUUCAUGUAUUUGCUUGUUUAUGGUAUUGGGUUGGGAAAUAUAAUAAAAAUAAUCCAGAAAAUUGGUUAUCUAGGGCAGAAAUUUAGGAUGAUAGUUGGGAUCAACAAUAUUUAGUAUCGUUUUAUUAUGCCUGCGUAACAAUGUUUACAGUUGGAUAUGGAGAUCUAACACCUAAAACUUAGAUAGAAAGAGUUGUCACAAUUCUAUUUAUCAUUUUAUCAAGUGUGCAAUUACCAUAUUCUGUCAAUACCGUAGGAAAUAUAAUAUAACAAAUAUCUGCUUAUGGUGAGGAGAGAAAAAAUAAGCUUAGAACUAUAAAUUCAUAUAUGUAGAGAAAGAAUGUACCAUAUACUUUGCAAAAUUAGAUUAGAUAAUACCUUGAUUAUUUUUGGUAAUUAUAAGCAGGAGAAGAAAGUGAGGAUGAAAAGUAAAUCAUUCAAUAACUUCCAGAAAACUUAAGAGAUACUCUUAUGAUUAAGGCUAAUCAUUCAUUCUUUAAUAAAGUGUCAUUAUUUAAGGAUAAUUUCUCAAUAGCAUUUAAGUAAAAACUAUUAAAAAAAAUUAACCAUAUGGUUGUAUAACCUGGUUAAAUCAUAGAAAUUACAAAUGAAAAGCCGGAUUGCACAUCAUUAUUUUAUAUUGAGGAAGGCACUAUAGAGGUUUUUCUAAAUUCAAAGCAUAAACAAUGUAUAAGAAAAGUAAAUAAAUAAUAAGCUUUAGGAAUAGAUAAUUUCAUCGUUGGUACAACAACGACUGAAAUUUUUAAAAGUAUAGGUCUCUCUAAAUUAUUAAUUCUUUAAAGAAAUGAUUUUUUGAGUGUUCUAAGUUAAUUUCCUGAAGAUUUUGAAACAUUUUGUAAAUUAAAGGAUGAUAUUAUUUUUAAUCAGGAUAUUUAACUAUUUGAAUACAAUUGCAUUGCGUGUGGAAUGAACAGUCAUAAGGUUGUUAAUUGUCCUUUUAUACAUUAUGCUCCCUAGAAAGAUUUUAUCAUUAAAAAAUUCAAUUAUUAUAAAAAUUAAAAGAGAAGAGAUCAUCGUAGAUCCUGUAAAAGAAUAAAAACAUAUUUUUAAUUAUCUGAAUUAAAUUUUCUUAAGAAAUAAAUUUCUAUUAUAUCGAAUAAAAUAGCAUCUCCUUUUUUAGUCUAAAAUAAACAAUAAUAGAAAUCCCUUACUUAAUCAAAGAAUUUACAUGGUAAUCCUCCUGUAAAAUCUAGUAAUUAAUUAAAGCCAAUCAAAGAAUUUGUUGAAAUGUAGCCAUUAAGGUUAGUAGAUUAUGGAGAAAAACCUACAAUUAAAUAUAAUCUGAGAGGUAAUACUCAAAGCACGUGCAGAAUAAAUUAAAAAUAAAAUACUAAGAUAAUAUUUAUAAAUGCUGUUAAAAAAGUAAUAGCUAUUUAGCGAUGGUUUGGUAGAAAUGAUUUAAGCAUGAUAGAUAGAUUUGAAAACUCAUUUGAUUGCAAAUUGAUAAGAGAAUUAAUUGUUGAUCUUAAAAGUGCUAAAGAAGUAAAUCAAAAGGACUUGGAUUCAAUUGAAAUGCUCUUAAUAAAAACAAAAAAUCUAAACAAAUAUGAAAGGAAAAGAAUGGAUGAAUUUGAAUAAGCAAGAGAGUUUUAAGUUUAUUUUUAAUCAUUUAAUUUAUCAAAGAUAGUUGAGAGAUUAAAUUUUACUAAAUAUUAAAAAUAUUAUAUUAGGAAAUUAUAAAAAUUAUUACCCUAUUUAAAGUAUCCUGGGACUUUUAUAAAAUAGUAUAAAGUUAAAAUGAAACAUAAAAAGUUGAAAAGAUCUCAUAAUAAUAAUGUACUUCUUUAUUGA